CAUAAAUCAGGCGCCUCCGAAUAGUCUGAAUUAAGCACACAUGCACAUCAGACUGGGGCUGGCUGCUGUUGCAGCAGAAGAAGCGCGAGAAACAGUCACACAUCAGGGGGAUGGAUGGAAUCAAAAAGCCUCUAUAGUGAUCAAUAUCUGACUGUCUUUUGCAAAUCGCUGCAGUGCUUCACAGGUGUACACUCGAGUAUUCUCGCACGGAUUGACUGAACUGGAGCCACAUGUCACAUGUGCUUCAUAGGAAGAACCGGGGCAUCAUCUGCUGCAAGCUGGAUCUGGAGGAGGAUGCUGCGGCAAGUGAUACACAGAGGGCUGAAAUCUUCUUUCUACUGGCUGGGUUUGUUCGUGAGCAGGCAUCCGGUGUUCUUCCUCACCGUCCCCGCAGUCCUGACCAUUAUUUUCGGAUCCACGGUGCUGAGCCGGUUUAAGCCCGAAACGGACCUGGAGAUCCUGGUCGCCCCGACGCACAGCCUCGCGAAGAUCGAGCGGAGUCUCGCCAACAGCCUCUUCCCCGUCGACCAGUCCAAGCACAAGCUGUACUCGGACCUGCACACCCCCGGCAGAUAUGGCAGACUCAUUCUGCUGGCCAAGUCCGGGGGAAAUAUCCUGGAACUGGCCGAGCAGGUGCUCCAGGUGCACAAGAAGGUCCUGGAUAUGCAUGUCAAUUAUAAAGGUUUCAAUUACACUUUCGCGCAUCUCUGUGUCCUGAGCCACCGGGACAAGAGAUGCCUCCUGGAUGAUAUCAUCACCAUAUUCGAAGACAUUCGCUUAGCUGUUCUGUCUAACAGCACUUUUUCCAAGGUCCCCGUGAGCUAUCCGAAUACAACAUUAAAGGAUGGCCGAGUGUCCUUUAUUGGCCAUCAGCUGGGUGGCGUGGCCUUGCCUGUGAAUAGCCGGGAUCAACAAGUCAAGUUUGCUCGCGCCAUCCAAAUCACCUACUACCUCCGCAACCUUGGACCAGUGGUGCAGGACAUCAUUUCUGAGAAGUGGGAGAGUGAAUUCUGUAAGCUGGUUCACCAGUUGGCUACAGACAGCCAGGAACUACACAUCCAUUCACUUACAUCCUUCAGCUUAUGGCGGGACUUCCACAAGACAGGCGUGCUGGCCAAGAGCGAGGUACUGGUCAGCUUGGUGCUGGUGCUCCUGGGGGCCACCAUCUCCAGCUCUAUGCGGGACUGCUUGCGUGGGAAACCCUUCCUGGGCCUGUUGGGCGUCCUUACCAUCUGCAUCGCCAACGUGACGGCAGCUGGGAUUUUUUUCAUCUCUGAUGGGAAAUUUAACUCUACGCUGCUUGGGAUCCCCUUUUUUGCCAUGGGACAUGGAACGAAGGGUGUGUUUGAGCUUCUGGCAGGCUGGAGAAGAACCAGAGAGAGUUUGCCCUUCAAGGAGAGAGUGGCAGAUGCGUUCGCUGACGUGAUGGUGUGCUACACCAUGACUAGCUCACUCUAUAUUAUCACCUUCGGCAUGGGUGCCAGCCCUUUCACCAACAUCGAAUCCGUGAAGGUCUUCUGCCAGAGCAUGUGUGUAGCAAUCCUGGUGAACUACUUCUACGUAUUUUCAUUCUACGGCUCCUGUCUGGUGUUUGCCGGGCAGCUGGAGCAAAACCGCUAUCACAGCGUCUUCUGCUGCAAGAUCCCCUCAGUGGAGUAUCUGGACCGCCAGCCCACUUGGUUUAAGACCAUGAUGAGUGAUGGCCACGACUUGUCUACGCACCACGACAGCGCACCGUACCAGAACCACUUCAUUCAGCACUUCCUGAGGGAGCAUUACACAGAAUGGAUUACCAACACCUACGUCAAACCUUUUGUGGUUAUCCUCUACCUGAUUUACGCCUCCUUUUCGUUCAUGGGAUGUUUACAAAUCAGCGAUGGCUCCAACAUAAUUAAUCUGCUAGCUAGUAAUUCACCCAGUGUGUCGUUCGCCCUGACCCAACAGAAAUACUUUAGCAACUACAGUCCGGUGAUUGGGUUUUACAUCUACGAACCCAUUGAGUAUUGGAACUCCACAGUACAGGAGCACCUCAAGACGCUGGGCCAGGGCUUUAAUAAGAUUUCAUGGAUCGAUAAUUACUUUCACUAUCUGAGGGUCGUGAAUGUCAGCGCCUCAACCAAAAGUGAUUUCAUUAACAUCCUCAAGACUUCUUUUCUGAGGAGCCCAGAAUAUCAACACUUUGUGGACGACAUCAUUUUCUCCAAAAAUGGAGACGAGUACGACAUCAUCGCAUCCAAGAUGUACUUGGUGGCCAGGACGACUGAGAAGACCAGGGAAGAGGUCGUGGAGCUGCUGGAGAGGCUUCGACCUCUCUCCCUCAUAAACAGCAUCAAGUUCAUCGUUUUCAACCCAACGUUCGUGUUCAUGGACCGCUACAGUUCCUCCAUUAUCUCCCCCAUCUUAACAUCGGGUUUCAGCGUGCUCACUAUUCUCAUCCUCACCUUCUUCCUGGUCAUAAAUCCUCUGGGGAACUUCUGGUUGAUUUUGACUGUCACCUCUGUGGAACUGGGUGUCUUGGGUCUCAUGACGCUCUGGAAUGUAGACAUGGACAGCAUCUCUAUCCUGUGCCUUAUUUAUACUCUCAAUUUUGCCAUGGAUCACUGUGCCCCCCACCUCUACACGUUCGUACUGGCCACUGAGCACACACGGACUCAGUGCAUCAAGAUCUCUUUAGAGGAGCAUGGGGCCGCUAUUUUGCAGAACACCUCGUGUUUUGUGAUUGGGAUAAUGCCUCUUCUCUUUGUGCCUUCUAACCUGACCUACACACUGUUCAAGUGCUCCCUUCUCACAGCCGGCUGCACAGUGCUGCACUGUUUCGUCAUCCUUCCGGUGUUUUUGACAUUCUUCCCGCCCUCUAAGAAGCGGCACAAGAAAAAGAAACGGGCAAAACGGAAAGAGCGGGAAAGAGAGAGGGAGCGGGAGAGGGAGAGAGAGGAAAUCGAGUGCAUUGAAGUCAGGGAAAACCCGGACCACGUAACCAAUGUUUGAUUGAAAGAUGUGUGUGAACAUAAUUGGUAAGAUAUCAGCUCCUGUCCACUAGGGGCGACGUCAGACAGCACUUCACAGGUCCAGAGGUGGCCAAGUCUGGCACUCUUGCCCCUGGGGUGACCCUCGCGACCCCAGCAAUCAACAACAGUGCUGUCCAGAGUUAAAAACCCCUUCUCACUCAUUUAUUGUGUACACUUCGUCCAGAACAGUGUAUAACAUCUGCAGCUGCUAGAUUACAUUAGCCGUUAACAUGAAAGGUUUGCGCAAGAAGGUUGUCUGUAUACAUGAACUAAUACAAAAGACCUAAACAGAAGGCCUUCAAAAAUGUUAGCAUGAAUCUAUAAGCAGGUGGUUUCCUGCUUAUUUUAGAUCUCUAGGGGUAUUCCCAAGGGUAUUCAUAUAUGUUUUGCAAGAGCAGAUAUCACAAUAAGUACAUUUGCUCUUAUUUAGCACCAACACGAUUCUUUUUGGUCACUCCGUGUUUUUCUAACAGUUAUGCACCUCACGUUCCUCCAGCCUUGUGCUUACAUAAUUAAUCAAGACCAACUCUGUUUAAAAAUAACUAUGUGAAAAAUAGUAGCGAACGGAAGUAGCAGUUUCCAGCGUCCAUCAAAUUAUGCAGCACUCUCCUACAAGCAACACUUGGCAUGCAUUUAUCACAAACGUCCUGUAGCAAAUUUAAUAGUGUGUUUGUGGUUUCUCUGGUAGCAGUUAUUUAGACGUAUUCACUGAGACUCCCCCCGAGAGGUCCCACCUUAUACCUGGAAAAUAUCCUCAGAGCAAAGCAUUAAUGGUCAAUAGUAUGAUUUAUUAAGGAUUGUAAAA